AUGGGCGCUAUAACGUGGAUCAUGGUGCAUCUGAGGGAGUUGUUGAGGUUACUGGCAAGUGGGUUCAGUGUCGGACCGGUGGCAAAAGGCAUUUACGAUUGGCAGGCGACGAUGAUGGGUCCCCCUGGGAGUCCAUAUGAAGGGGGCCUCUUCUUCUUCUCUAUACGAUUCCCACCGGAGUACCCCUUCAGGUCACCAAGGGUGGUGUGGAAGACGCCGUUUCUGCACCCCAACAUCGACAAACCCCACUUCGUGGAAGACCGAGACGACCGCGAAGGAACUCCUCCUGGUGCUCCAUGA